UCAAAAUAACUCCACUUUAUCCAACAAGUAAUGACUUCGAUUAUGGUUUGUAUUUUGAUUUUACAGGUAAACAGUGAACACCCAUUAGCCAAGGCGGUCGUUGAGUAUGCCAAAAAGUUUAGGCAAGACGAAGAGAACCCAGUCUGGCCUGAAGCCCAGGAAUUUGAAUCCAUAACUGGCCAUGGUGUGAAGGCCAUUGUUCGAAACAAGGAAGUUCUUGUGGGAAACAAGGGUUUAAUGCUGGCGCAAAACAUCAAUAUUCCACUUGAUGCCGAGGAAAUUCUAUCAGAAACUGAAGGGUUGGCACAUACUGGGAUUCUUGUGUCCAUCGACAGGGAGUUGGUUGGAAUUCUGGCCAUAUCUGAUCCAUUGAAGCCCGGGGCUCGUGAAGUCGUUUCCAUUCUCAAAUCGAUGAAAGUUAAGAGUAUAGUAGUCACAGGUGACAAUUGGGGAACUGCGAAUUCUAUUGCCAAGGAAGUUGGGAUAGAUACCGUCAUUGCAGAAGCUAAACCUGAGAAUAAGGCAGAGAAAGUAAAGGAACUACAGGCUGAAGGAAAUGUUGUCGCAAUGGUUGGAGAUGGAAUCAACGACUCACCGGCACUUGUAGCAGCAGACGUCGGAAUGGCAAUUGGUGCAGGCACUGACAUUGCUAUUGAGGCAGCUGACAUCGUUUUAAUGAAGAGUAAUUUGGAGGAUGUCAUAACUGCCAUAGACCUUUCCCGUAAAACCUUUUUCAGAAUCCGCCUUAACUAUCUCUGGGCAUUAGGUUACAAUAUCCUUGGCAUUCCAAUCGCUGCUGGGGCCAUUUUCCCAUCCACUGGAUUCCGACUACCUCCAUGGAUUGCCGGAGCAGCAAUGGCAGCCUCUUCAGUGAGUGUCGUUUGUUGCUCUCUUUUGUUGAAAUAUUACAAGAGACCUAAGAAGCUGGAUACUCUUGAGAUAAGAGGAAUAACUGUUGAGUGAUUUUUUAGCUUUGAUAGUGUUGAAUCAUGUAAAUAUCCGUGUGGGAUUAUUCUGCUUGGAAUAAGUUGUUGAUAGAAUCAAGCUUGGUUAUCUUCUGUGGUUUUGAACUAAAAGCAUAUUUCUUUGUAUAUUGAUUAUGCCAAAAGCUUGUGUUAAUGAUUUAUGUCCGUUUGGUAAGGUAGAUUGGAGAACAUUAGACUA